AUGAAACGAGAUUUGAAUUUUAUCCUUGUAUUCAUUUUAUUGGCUACGCUUUCAAUGGUCAAUGCGAUUCCACUUCGACUUCAAAAAAGGUCAAUUCCAUUUGGUCCAUGUCCCCCUCCUAGAGAGAACUAUCCAUCACCACCCCUAAUCUCCGUAGAAAUUGCUAAUGAAACUAUCUCUCUCGGACAAACCAAUGUUCUUGUGGUUUCCGGAACUUUAUUUGCAGAUAUCACUGAUUCAACCCAACUUAUUGCUCAUUUUGCUGAUCCUAAAACUAACAAAUACGUAGGCGAAAUAAAUAGUAGUUUCAUUUGUUCCGGAAAAGGGUGUCCAAUUAAAGCUAGAACUGAAUUUAAUAGCUUUAUAUCGGAUUUUUUGGCACCAUACCGACUACCUGAUCCAUACUCCAUUGUAGUUAGUGUUGUAGAUAACCUUAGUGUAGUUCUAGGAUGCGCAACUGCUUUAGUUGACAGCUAA